AUUAUAAAUCGAUAAUGUUAAAGGUUAUUUGUAAGUAUCUUCUUAGCAUUGGCAUUUUUCAGUCAUGAACUCAUACUCUCUUUGUAGGUUCAGCAGCACUUACCGGUGGUCUCCUUUUGGCAUGCCUUUUAUCCUUUCUCUACUUACGCCAGCAUGAAAAACUUCCCAACUCAAUCUUCUUUUGGAGAAAAAAAUCAGAUAAUUCACAGAAUAUUAAAGCCUUUCUGGAGAGAUAUGGAUCUUUUGCUCCAAAAAAAUACAGGUACAAAGAUGUGAAAAAGAUCACCAGAAAAUUUCACGAAAAACUAGGACAAGGUGGUUAUGGCACUGUAUUCAAAGGUACUCUCAUGGAUGGUCGUUUGGCUGCUGUAAAGAUCUUAUCAGACUCCAAGGGUGAUGGAGAGGAAUUUGUUAAUGAGGUUGCAAGCAUAGGUAGGACCUCUCAUGUGAACAUUGUUAGUCUGCUGGGCUUUUGUUCAGAGGGGUCCAAAAGAGCACUUAUUUAUGAAUUCAUGCCCAAUGGAUCACUAGAUAAGUACAUAUACUCAGAGAAAUCAAUUCUUGGUCAGGAGAUGUUAUACCAAAUAGCAACUGGCGUAGCCCAAGGUUUAGCAUACCUGCAUCGUGGGUGCAACACACGUAUAGUACAUUUCGAUAUUAAACCUCAUAAUAUCCUACUAGACCAGGAAUUUUGUCCGAAGAUAUCUGAUUUUGGGUUGGCUAAGUUAUGCCCGCAAAAAGUUAGCAUACUUUCCAUGGCAGAUACCAGAGGAACGAUCGGCUAUAUUGCCCCGGAAGUUUUCUCAAGAAAUUUUGGAGUUGUCUCUAGUAAAUCUGAUGUAUAUAGCUAUGGAAUGAUGUUGUUGGAAAUGGUUGGAGGAAGAAAGAAUAUAGAUGUUGGAGCUGGGGAAACUAGUGAAAUUUAUUUUCCACAUUGGAUUUAUAAGCAUCUUGAGCAAGAUGGAGGUCUACAAGCUUAUGGUGUAACAGUGGAAACUGAAGAAAUCGCAAGAAAGAUGAUACUAGUUGGACUAUGGUGCAUACAAACAAACCCAGAAAAUCGACCUUCCAUGAGCAUGGUGGUAGAUAUGUUGCAGGGAAGCCUAAGUGACUUGCAACUCCCUCCAAAUCCAGUUCUAUCUUCUCCUCAAGUUCGAUCUCCUCCUCAAGGAUCAUUGAUUGAUUCAUCAGCAGAAAUGACUGCCUGAUAUGUUUUGACUCCCUGUGGAAAGUACGAAUUUUCUUUUGGUGUAGCAAAAAACACAUGAUUCAGCUUAUAAUAAAUAAAUAUGGAAGCUUAACUGAAAUGAUUUACUUUUAUACUUU